AUGAAGCUAGUUGUUUUUGAUGAUACGGGAAGUGGAAAAUCAACUCUAGCAAACGUACUCAGUGGUUCUGAAGAUUAUGAUACAAGCCACCGUUCAGUUAGUUCUACAAAAGAUACUAAUUCUCGUAAUUAUGCGAUUAAUGGAAAAAUAUACAGAAUAGUCGACACUGUAGGAAUUGGAGACAGUAGGAUGCCACCAAAGGAAGUAGCAAAUAAAUUAGUCAUGGCUGCAGAAGCCAUUAAGUGUGGAAUUAAUCAGAUUUUAUUUGUUGCCAGUGGAAAAUUUACUGAUGUAGAAAUCGAAGCAUUUGAAACUUUGCAAGAAGUUGUUUUUGAUAAAAACGUUUUUGAUUAUACUACUAUCGUUAGAACGAAAUUUCCUGAUUUUGAAGACGAUGUUGAGUGUGAAAAAGAUUAUCAAGAUACGACUUGUGUAGAUGAUAAAAUUACUCAACUUGUUGAAUCAUGCCAAAAGGUUAUUCAUGUGGAAAAUCCACCAAUAACUGGUCGGUUUGAAGCGGUUGGCAAAGAGUGCAGAGAAGCAUCAAGAAAAAAAAUAUUAAAUUACUUGGAUACUUGCACAAAUGUUUAUAUCCCAGAAAAGUUACAAGAAACUAUGAAUGAAAAAGUAGGAGAUUACAUGACCAACAAAGAAAAAUUACAGCAAAAAGUGAGCGAUUUAGAGGAAAAAGUCAGGAAAUUACAAGAAAGCCGUUGUAUUAUUUCAUAA